UAUAAUGUUUCAGAUAUAUAUUCAUAAUUUCUUAGUUAUUUUAGUGCAGAGAAAAAAUUUUAAGCAUCAUAAGCAGAAUGUAGUGAACACAAUGACAAUAAUGAAUCAACCAUAGUUUUAGUGCUGCAAUGGUGGACUCUCGUUUAAGGGUGGAUCCUCCAUCAUUAUUCCAUUGUUUUAUUGAUAUUUUGUCUCCAGAGUCUAAGAACGCAUUACAAGUGACAAGUAUAUUUCCUGAAGAGUUUGAUGAGAAGGACCAAAUACUAAAACAGAUACCAGGAUUUUGUUAUCCAUGCUCUAUUGAUUAUAAUGGUGUGCAGUAUUCAACUUUUGUUUUGACUGAUCUGAAGGGGAUAUUUCGAUUUGGAUUUUGUCGAUACCCUGCCCAUGCAACACAUUGCCUUUGCAUAAUAAGUUAUUUACCAUGGUUUGAAACUUUUUAUGCUAUACUGGACCACAUUGCAAAAUUUGAAAGUGAAAAUGAUGACGUGGUGGCUGGAUUUCUUGGUGCAUUAAACUCUCAGUUAGUGCCAAAGCCUGGAGCCAAAUUAAGCUUUAGAAUUUCUGCUGCAAAGGAAGAAAAUAUUUACAAAUUUGAUAUACCAGAUACUACAAAACUGCCAUCAAUACCAGACAAUCGCAACUUAACUGAAUAUUUUGCUAAAGUCACUCCAGAAAAUAUGGUUUAUUUAUUCAUAAGUAUGUUAUUUGAAAGGCGAAUCAUUGUGACGUCAGAACGAUUAAGUGUGCUGACUGCUGUUGUUCAUGGCUCAGUAUCACUGUUAUAUCCUAUGCAAUGGCAGCAUAUAUAUGUUCCAAUUCUGCCACCUCAUCUGAUCGAUUAUUGUUGCGCACCUAUGCCAUUUUUGCUUGGUAUUCACUCUUCAAUGAUGCCAAAAGUGGAGCAAAUGCCAAUGAAUGAGGUGGUUAUAUUAAAUGCAGACAGUAACGAAAUCUACAUGCUAGAAGACGAUUUAAAAGACUUUCCAUCUAAGAUAUUCUCUCGAAUGAAGAAGAAGUUACAGCGUACAGACAAAGCACUUGCAGAUUAUGUUUCUAGCCAGUUUUUAAAUGCUCUGGCUGACAUGAUUGGUGGUUAUAAGGAGGCUCUAAAGUUUACAGAAACUGAAAAAGGUGGAAAGAUCGUGUUCGAUGAUGAUGCGUUUUUAAACACGAGGACUGGCUCUAUGAAAGAUUUUCUUGUGCAUAUAUUGAACCAACAGUCUUUUCGUCAGUUCAUUGCUGGUCGACUUGAAAUGUUAAAUGAUGGAGUCGAAAUUUUAGAUAUAUUUGAUCAGGCUGUUCUAACAAGAAAUAUAGACAUGAAAAAAGAUCAAGAUAAAUAUAAAGUAUGGAAAGAUAAAAUGAAAAAAGGAGGCGGAGCGUUUAAGAAAAGUGUAGAGGGAAAGUAUCUUCAUCUGAGAGGUGUCGCUAGUGAAAUUGAAGUUAAAGAAUUAAAGAAUAAACUGAAAAACAAAGUUAAAGAUAAAGUAAAGGACGUUAAGGUUGCGAUGAAACAUAAGGAACCAACACCCACCGAAAUUGAAGUUAUUCACGAAGCAAAUGUAAAGAGGAAUAACUCAAUGCCGUUGACACAAAAGAACAGGGUCAACAUAAAAUCAACAAGACAUUCAAUGUACAGUUCACUACCUCGACGAGAUGUACCAAAGCCAGGUAGAACACCGCCUCCCAGACCUCCCAGACCAGAUCUAGGUGAGCAAGAGAACAAAGAAACAAAUUCAGCAAAGCUACCUCGCAAACAGUAUCUUAAUGCUUCAACUUAUUCUGAAUCAAAAAGCGCGCCUAAUAUUGCUGAUCUUAUCGAUAUGAGCUCGCCAUCUACUCCUGAUGAAAGCUCUGCUAGUUCUUCAUUUGGUCAUGGAUUGGACAGCGCUGGUAUGGCAACUUCGGACUCAGACUCUUCUAUAGAGCACAUCAACUCCUAUUCAAACCCUGCAUUUUUGGACUUACACAGAAAGGAGUCAAUGUGUCAAGAAGAAACCGUGUUGGAGCAUAGUCCAUUACCUCACAAAAAAGUAGACUCGCCGAAACAAAGUGUCGAACAACAGGAUAGUACACAAGGACCAAGUAAACCUCUCAAAAGAUCUAUACCUGUUACAUCACAUCGCUUUGCGAAAGCACCACCAAGACCCGCUGUGUUACCAAUAAAAACUCAAUCGCCCUCAUCGGAUGGUAAAACGCCCCCUACACGCCCUCCACCACCGUCCACAACUCCUCAAAAAUCACACGACUGUAAUAUGUUUUUCCAAGAUAAAGCCGAAAUUGAUGAUUCGUAUGUUGUAAUAGAUGCUAACAGUGACAGUAAUGGGAAUGAGAAAACUCUCCUCCCUAGUUCCCCUUUCUAUACACCCUCUUCAGAUCUGCUAGAUUUAGAUCAUUCGUUGUUUCAUGAAACAAUGCAAUCGUUAUCUGAAGAUACGCGCCUGUUGAUGUCGAACGGGAGAAGCACAACGAAGAAGAGCUCAGAAGAAGUCGAUAUGUCGCACUCUCCUACAAUAAAUAUGAACAUUGCUUUUCCUAAAGAAAGUGAAAGACAAUUUUAUAGAUCACCCGUACUUACCCAAAAUCCGUCCAUUGAACCCGGAAAACCUGGAACAGAGCCGGAAAGGACUCUGCAGAAUGACCCGUUUGCAAGUAUACUCGAAGAUGUUAAAAAAGAUAUGAAAAUUAAUAAUACGAGGUAAUACAGAUAAAUUUUAUUCAAAGUUUUAUAUAAGAAAAGGGAACCUAUAAAAAGCAUUAAUCUCCCACUUCCGUUUUAAACAGAACUUCUGCUGCGGCAAAAGCAUUUUGCUUCUUGCUGCGCUGUGUAAUUUGUUGACGUAAAAAAGAAAUUUUUGUAGACAAUCUCCCUGCAAAACUCGUGACUAGGUAGUACUUGAAAAUUAUUACUGGCUAAGGUAGCGACAAAUGCAAAUAGUAGAAUUCUGUUUGUUUAUCCCUUGUUUUCUUAAAUACUAUUAACACAUUUAUAAUAACACAAAGAGAUAUAUUUAUCAGACAUAUUUCUUUACUUCUCUGUUGUGCUUAGCAUAUGUUCUUUUAAAUAAUGACUUUUAGCUUAGUGUGUAUGUUACAAUUUCUACAGUUAGCACAUUUUUCCGCAGGAUUAUUAAAGUGAACAUGAUUUGGGCGUAAUAAAGGAGCAAAUUUUCGCGGAAUUAUAAAGUUACAUUUUUGCUAUAUAUUUGGGAAAUACAAAAUACUAUUCGCGAACUUUAGUUUUCACGAAUUUUCACUUUUUUUGAAAUUCGCGAAAUUAAAUCAAUUAUUGCUGGCCGUGUGUCUGUCUGUGAGCCAAAACAUGCGACUAGCGACCGGUGAUAUCCCAUGGAAUUUUCCAUGGGAUAUCACCGCUAGCAAUAUGUGUACACAAUAUAAACACCAACUUGCAGUGUUAAGAUAAUUUCGAUCAAUUUAACAUACUUUUGAGCUCAACAUGUUGUAAUUGAGUAAGUAAAUUUAAUGUUCAGAAUAGAAAAAAAAUUCCAAAAUCACUACUUGAGAUUUUACUUUUGAGAAAUCUAGAGAAUAGGUUCUGUUCCAUUCGCGAAAUUGCGAGCAAAUGAAUUUUUGCGAAAAUUAAUUCUGGCAUGAAUUUAUUCACUUGUGAGUAAGUGAAAAUCUUUACAAAAUGAGGCGACAGAUAAAUGUUCUGUUCGGUUUAGGGAAUUAUAUCUUUUCGAUAUCGCACCUUGUAUAUUUUUGUAUGUAUUGAUUUUUAUUAAAUUUUUUUAAUUUUUUUUGUUAUUGUUGAUGUUGAAUGUGUAAGUUUUGUACUUCGGUUGCACCAGUGUUCUUGUUUUGGAUAGUGGUCUUUCAAGCGUACUUUUGCUAUUGUAGCUAUAUUCAAAAUUGUCCUUCUUUAGUUUCUAAAAAUAUCGUUUGUAUAUAAAAUGUCCUCCCCGCCAUUAGGGGCGUCGUGUUUAUUAUAGAUAUGUUCUUCCCGCCAUUGGGGGCGUCCUGUUUAUUAUAGAUAGUUUGUUGUAAAAUUUCUCUAUAUUUGUUAAUUUAACAAUAAUACUCCACACAUUACAUUUUUUUUUAAUUCAUUACAUGACUGAAUCCAUCGGUCAAAGACCGCUAAUUAGACGCCCAGUGUAAGAAAUUAAGUUUAAAUGAGCACCCGGGCGCUAAAAUGAGCUUAAAAGAGUGCCCGGUCGUUAGAUUAACUCUAAACAGAAGAAGCAAGCAGUUUCUAAUACGGUUUCGUGAAAACAGAAACUUUUAUUAAAGCCUGACUUAAAACCGUUUAUAUAUUGGUUUACGAUUUUUUAAAAUUUACUUUAUUUGUCACUUUUUGUCGUGUUAACUAAAUAACGCCCUGCUAAAACCCUCGAAAGCUUAAAUAAAUAACCGGACGAUUAAACGAUGCAUUACCUUCUCGCCAAAAACAUUAAUUCCAUAUGAAAAAGCUUGAAAAGUUACUUUUUUAAAACAUUCUUGAGUUUUGAGUUUUGCUAAUUAUGCUAAUUAUGAAUGGUAUGUAUCUAUGUUAUAAUGCCCGUAUACGUCUGUCCGUCCGUCUGUCUGUCACGCAAAAUGGUAGCUUAGCUGCGACGGGCGAACCCGUGGAUUUUUCCACGGGCUAAUGACUAGUUUGAUUUAAAGCUUGUGGUGAUUUAGCCGUUGAGCGUUAUUCGGAACCAUAUUAAAUGAAUAACAUAUGGAUGGUAUGUAUUUGAUUUAAAGCUUGUGGUGACAUAAUAUCUCAUUAUUAGCAAAACUUCGAGGCUCUUUAAACCGAAAAAAAUAAAUAAAAAGAUUCCCACAUAAAAUCCCAAGCCCUUUCAUAUAAGCUUAACUUGUUUUUCACAAGAGGUUAACAUUGAAACAAAUUUAGUCGUCCCAGAUUUCGAAAAGUUGUUCCAGCAAAGCGGAUAUUCAUGUUGGAUAAACUCGCCCUUGCACAUGCACUGCACUUGAUAACUGGUAGCUAUAUAUAUUUUAUUAUUUUAUUUACUUUUUAAAAUAUAUAUUGUAGACAUAUUUCCGCUAAUUCGUUUUUUUUUGCAAUUUUGAAUAUCGCAAA